CUACUGUGUGAAUAAAGAAAGACUAGGUCAGCCAUGUGGAUGCGUCUGUUGAACAGCUGAAGAGAAGGUAGUGGAGGAGGAGGAGGAGACGAAGGGAGCGAGUGUGUGCAGAGAGGGGGGAGCACGCAUGAGUGCUGUGUGUGCGUGUACCUGUGUGUGUGUGGAAAAAAGGAAGCAGAGGCUGUUAACGGCAAACUCGCUGGUUUCCUAUCCCUCGAAACAAGCACCGACCGGGCGACUUUUCAUGUGGACACUACCAUCAAACCGGAGCGCCGUCCUUCCCGGCAGGAGCAGUUUCGGGGGAAAGUGGCCCACAUCACUGUGCUUUUUCACCGUUUUCUUCUUCUUCUUUUUUUAUGGACCCGAGUCAUUUAUCAGUAAAGUGAAACCGUCUUCUGUUGAAUCCCUCCGUGCGGACAUUCUUUUUUUUUCCUCUCCCGGGAAAUAAAAAAAGUCUUCGUGUUCUCGUUCUGUCGCGGUUCUUGGAUUCGAUCCAGCUCGGUUUUUUUCCCACCUCCUCCCUAAAGUUUGCUUGAUCACCUCCGGCAAAGAAAACAAACAACGCAUUUUUUUUCAAACUUGUUUGCAACGGGACUUCAAAAACCUCCAGACUGGCGGCUUUUCUGAAACACUGGGGUUGUUGGUGUGGCCGAAUUUUCCCUGGAUUUGAUUGGUAAAUUCAUAAGACUGAAGCCCAGGCUCACAGUCUACCUUUCACGGAGGCCCAGCCGUGAGAGGACUGAGGAAGGCACGUGGCGGAUCAUGACGGCCGACAAAGAGAAAGAAAGGGAGAAAGAACGCGACAGAGACAGGGACCGGGACAAACGGGAGGCCGGUAAGUCCCGCCGGCAGGAGGGGGACCGCGGCGACCGAGAAAGUGAGAGCUCCAGGCCCCGGCGGAGCUGUACGCUGGAAGGCGGGGCCAAGAACUAUGCAGAAAGCGAGCACAGCGACGAUGAUGACAACGACAACGGGAGCACAGGCGGAGGCAGCGGCACAGCCGAGGAGGCUGGCAAGAAGGGCAAAAAGAAGAUGCCUAAAAAGAAGUCACGCUAUGAGCGCACAGAGAACGGAGAGAUCACAUCCUUCAUAACUGAGGAUGAUGUUGUUUACAGACCUGGAGAUUGUGUGUACAUUGAGAGUCGGCGGCCCAAUACUCCUUACUUCAUUUGUAGCAUCCAAGACUUCAAGCUGAGCAAACGGGACCAUCUGCUGAUGAAUGUGAAAUGGUACUACCGCCAGUCAGAGGUGCCCGACUCCGUGUACCAGCACCUGGUGCAGGACCGCAACAACGAAAAUGACUCGGGCCGGGAACUGGUCAUCACAGACCCAGUGGUGAGGAGUCGAGAACUCUUCAUCUCCGACUAUGUAGACACUUAUCAUGCUGCUGCUCUCAGGGGGAAGUGCAACAUUUCCCAUUUCUCUGAUAUUUUUGCUGCCCGGGAGUUCAGAGCUCGCAUCGACUCCUUUUUCUAUAUCCUCGGAUACAACCCAGAGACCAGGCGGUUAAACAGCACUCAGGGGGAAAUCCGAGUCGGGCCCAGUCAUCAGGCCAAACUCCCAGAGCUUCAGCCUUUCCCAUCUCCUGGUGGCCAUGCAGUGACUGAGAACGAGGAGCUGGUCUGGAUGCCAGGAGUCAACGACUGCGACCUUCUCAUGUACCUCAGAGCCGCAAGAAGCAUGGCUGCCUUUGCGGGGAUGUGCGACGGAGGCUCGACUGAAGAUGGCUGUCUGGCAGCCUCACGAGAUGACACUACAUUAAACGCACUUAAUACUCUUCAUGAGAGCAGCUACGAUGCAGGCAAAGCUCUGCAGCGCCUGGUGAAGAAGCCGGUACCUAAGCUGAUAGAAAAGUGCUGGUCUGAAGAUGAAGUGAAGCGCUUCAUUAAAGGCUUGAGACAGUUUGGAAAAAACUUUUUCAGGAUCCGGAAAGAGCUGCUGCCCAACAAAGAAACGGGAGAGCUCAUCACCUUUUACUACUACUGGAAGAAGACUCCUGAGGCAGCCAGUUGUCGAGCCCACCGCAGGCAUCGCCGGCAGCCCGUCUUCCGCCGCAUUAAGACAAGAACUGCUUCAACUCCGGUCAACACCCCCUCACGCCCCCCAUCCAGCGAGUUCUUGGACCUCAGCUCAGCCAGCGAAGAUGACUUUGACAGUGAGGACAGCGAGCAGGAGCUGAAGGGCUACGCGUGCCGCCACUGUUUCAGCACCACCUCCAAGGACUGGCACCACGGGGGCCGAGAGAACAUCUUGCUGUGCACCGACUGCCGCAUUCACUUCAAGAAGUACGCUGAGCUGCCCCCCAUAGAGAAGCCUGUGGACCCUCCCCCAUUUAUGUUCAAGCCUGUCAAGGAGGAAGAGGAUGGACUCAGUGGGAAGCAUAGCAUGAGGACCAGACGGAACCGAGGCUCGAUGUCAACGCUACGUAGUGGUCGCAAGAAGCAGCCAGCUAGUCCUGAUGGCCGAGCCUCACCUACCAACGAGGACCUGCGCUCGAGUGGACGGACGUCACCCAGCGCCGCAAGCACAGACAGCACCGACAGCAAGACAGACUCCAUGAAGAAGCCAAGCAAAAAAAUUAAGGAAGAAGCUCCUUCACCUAUGAAAAGCACCAAACGGCAAAGAGAGAAGGGAACUUCAGACUCUGAGGAGACUGAGAGGGCCACUGCCAAAAAGUCCAAAACACAAGAGCUGAGUCGGCCAGACUCUCCCUCAGAAUGCGAGGGGGAGGGGGAGGGAGAGAGCUCUGACGGGCGCAGCAUCAACGAGGAGCUCAGUAGUGAUCCCAAAGACAUUGACCAGGACAACCGGAGCUCCUCCCCCAGCAUCCCCAGUCCCCGUGACAACGAGAGCGACUCGGAUUCCUCUGCUCAGCAACAGCAGCUACUGCAGAGCCAGCAUCCCCCUGUCAUCCAAUGUCAACCAGGCACCUCCACUGCCUCUGCAGCGCCCCCUCCACCUCCAACCUCAAACCCGCUGCUGCCUCCACAGGUCCCCACUGCAGCUGCUUCAGCCUCACUACCUCCUCAGUCUCUGGCACAGGCUGGCCCCAUGUCUCUCAUCCAGUCUGGAGCAUCGCUUCACCCUCAAAGGCUGCCUUCUCCUCAUUCACCUCUGACUCAGGCUCCACCUUCAGGCCCCACAGUCCCACCUCAGUCUUUACCCAGCCCACAUCAUGGGCCCCUCCCUCCAGUGCCACAUCCAUUGCAGCCUGUCCCCCCACAUUUGCCUCACCCUCACUCCAUGACCCCUCAGGGAUUCCCUGUGGCCCCCUCUCAGGUUCCACCUCCCCCAGUCUCCAGCCAGUCACAGCAGAGGCCUCACUCGCCUCCUUCUCAAAGCCAGUCAUCUUCUCAAAGUGGAGGCCAGCCUCCACGGGAGCAGCCCCUGCCUCCUGCAACCAUGUCUGUACCUCACAUCAAGCCCCCUCCAACCACACCCAUCCCUCAGAUGCCCACCCCACAGUCUCACAAACAUCCGCCCCACCUGCCAGCGCCUCCUUUCCUUCCCAUGCCUUCAAACCUUCCUCCACCUCCUGCUCUCAAGCCCCUCAGCUCCUUAUCCAACCAUCAUCCUCCGUCAGCACACCCUCCCCCUCUGCAGCUCAUGCCUCAGGGGCAGCAGCUUCAGCCUCCCCCAGCCCAGCCUCCAGUUCUCACCCAGUCGCAGAGCCUUCCACCGUCAGCCAACCACCAGCCUCCUGCUGCUCCUCCUUUACCGCACACAGUCUCACACCCCACAGCCGGUCCCACGCAGCCACCCUUCUCCUCUCAUCCUUUCAGUACAGUUCUACCUCCAACCGGCCCUCCUCCAUCCUCAUCAAACUCUAUGCCAAGCCUCCAGCCUCCCUCUUCUUCCUCUUCCAUCUCCAUGCCUCUCCCUGCCUCAGUCCCGUGUGCUGGUCCCGGCCCAUCAAUCCCACCUGUCAACAUCAAGGAGGAGCCUCUGGAUGAACCAGAGGAACCCGAGAGUCCACCGCCCCCACAGAGAAGCCCCUCCCCCGAGCCUACAGUGGUCAACACGCCCAGCCACGCCAGCCAAUCCGCACGGUUCUACAAGCACCUGGACCGGGGUUACAACUCCUGCGCUAGAACAGACUUUUACUUCACUCCACUUGCUUCGUCCAAACUGGCCAAGAAGCGGGAAGAGGCGCUGGAGAAAGCCAAGAGGGAAGCAGAGCAGAAGGCUAGGGAGGAGAAGGAGCGAGAAAGGGAGAGGGAAAAGGAGCGGGAAAGAGAGCGGGAGCGGGAGAAGGAAGUGGAGCGUGCCGCGAAAGCCUCCAGCUCAUCUCAUGAAAGCAGAAUGGGGGAACCUCAAAUGGCUGGCCCCGCCCACAUGCGACCCCCCUUCGAUGGCCCCCCAACUACAAUUGCAGCUGUGCCUCCAUACAUUGGCCCCGACACCCCUGCCUUACGCACACUCAGCGAGUACGCCAGGCCCCACGUUAUGUCGCCGAGCAAUAGAAACCACCCCUUCUUUGUGUCGCUCAACCCCGCUGACCCGCUGCUGGCCUACCACAUGCCGGGCCUGUACAACGCCGACCCCGCCAUGAGGGAGCGCGAGCUGCGAGAGCGGGAGAUGCGUGAAAGGGAGAUCCGUGAGCGGGAGCUCAGGGAAAGGAUGAAGCCUGGUUUUGAAGUCAAGCCUCCAGAGAUGGAAACACUCCACCCCUCCACAAAUCCCAUGGAGCACUUUGUCAGGCAUGGCGCCAUCACUCUGCCCCCCAUGCCCAGCCCUCACCCUUUCGCCUCUUACCACCCAAGCCUGAACCACCUAGAGCGUGAGCGGCUAGCCCUCGUGGGGCCCCAGCUGCGGCCAGAAAUGAGCUACCCCGAGCGGGUGGCUGCGGAGAGACUCCACGCCGAGAGGAUGGCCACCGUGGCCAACGACCCCAUUGCUCGUCUGCAGAUGUUCAACGUCACGCCACAUCACCACCAGCACUCGCACAUUCACUCCCAUCUGCACCUCCACCAGCAAGACCCGCUUCACCAAGGUGGUGGUGAAUGUCUUGUGUGUCCUCCAGGCUCGGGGUCCCACCCCCUGGCAGUGGAUCCCCUGGGCGCCGGACCCCACCUGGCUCGCUUCCCCUACCCGCCCGGCAGCAUCCCAAACCCUCUCCUGGGUCAGCCACCGCACGAACACGAGAUGCUGCGCCACCCAGUCUUCGGCUUCAUGUGUCCCAUAGGUGCUCCAUACCCACGGGACCUACCAGGAGGAAUUCCACCCCCCAUGUCAGCGGCCCACCAGCUGCAGGCCAUGCAUGCACAGUCAGCAGAGCUGCAGAGGCUGGCGAUGGAGCAGCAGUGGCUGCAUGGCCACCACAUGCAUGGAGGACCUCUGCCCGGCCAGGAGGACUACUACAGCCGUCUGAAGAAGGAAAGUGACAAGCAGCUGUAACCAGCAGCUGCAGUGCAGGACAGAGGAAGUUGUUACGGAUCGGUGUUCCAGAGGUUCUCCAGGACUUCUGACCAAACUCAGUUUGAAGAACAGAAACAACCGGACUGAAUUAGAAAUGCUCCAUUUUUUUAUUUGUUUAUUUUGUUGGUUUCUGUUCCCUGUCAAAGACUUUUUUAAAGCUUUUAUUUUCCCAGACAUUGUAUUUAGUCGAUAGUGACCAGACGUCCUCAAGACUCCUGCAUGACGAAGCUUCCCUGACAUUUUUUUGUAGGUGCUAGAACAAGACAAUGUGCUCAUCACAAAGAAAAACAAACCGUAUGAAAAGACCAGUCAGACCAUCAAAAUAACAAGUGCUAUCUUAAAUUCAACAUUUAUUUUAUUACAUUGUUGGAGGGUUUUCAUAAUUUUAAGAGAAGCUACAGCAUGGCGUUUUUGAGUCUGUAAAUAGUAUAUAUAAACAUAUAAUUAUUGUAAUUAUUAUUGCUCGGUGUGGACUCCAAACUAAGUUGUUUCAGCCUCCAGUAUAUUUGUUUUGAAGCAUUAUCCCUCUUUAGUAAAAGAGGGUGGGGGGCACCGUGGCAUUAUAAAAGCAGUUUCUGAGAGUUGCAGUUCACUUGUGACAUCACUGUGUUAGAUUUAGUCCCCCACACACGUACUGUAUGUCAGGCAAAGCCUGUCCCCGCCCCCUCAGCCGCUCGCCAGGUGUACAGAACCAUACACUUUUGGAGCGGAGAAGCAGAGAGGAGUCGAGGCUCUCCGGCGUGUCACCGGCGUGCCGAGGCUGAAAGGAAAACUUUGCACUGAAGGAGCGCCGCUGAGCUCUACUUAACCGGUUCAUCCUUUGAUUCAGUGUUUGAGUCAACAAAAGAAACAGAACCUCUUCUGUUUGUUUGGUUUUGUUUUUUACUCUUACAUUUAAGUUUUUUAUUUGAAGUCAUUUUUAGCUUUGAUUUCAGCGGGUCUUACCUGAACACAUCGCCAGUCAAUACUUUUUAUCCAAACAUUGACCCCCCCACAGAUGCUUUUUAACGCCAUCUUGGUCCAGUCACCGGUAUUCGUUGCAGAGCUCAAAUCUGACAGCGUGGAUCUUCAGCUGGACUGUAACAAUGUUCACUGUGACACUAGAGGGGGGGGCUGAUCUUCUGUGUUUGUGUAUUUAUCUGUGUUCUCAUUCGUCAUGGUUCCACAUGGGCUCUGGGGCUUCGGAGUGGCAUGCUCGUGUGUCACCAACUGUUACAUGUAGUCUUGACUCGUCACGCUGCGGCGCUCAAUUCUGCGCUUUUUGUCCUUUUUUCCCCCACUGACAGGAGUUUGGUUCCACACUCAAAGACUGUUUGUCCAUCGAGGACUUGUGGCUUAUUUUGAGGAUUUUCAUCUGUUUUAUCCACUUAACUUACAUGAAAAAGUAACCAUAUUUCCCCUCGGAGCUCUAUAUUUUUACAUGAACGCCUGCAAACUUCAGACUCUUGCUCCCUGUAAAGCCUAUGAAAAAAAAGCGUCUCGCCAUCUUACCACGACGAAUUCUCCAUCUUUUUUGCCUCAUUUCCUGACCGUUCCCCUGCCUUUUAUCCACUCUUUUUUGUGUCCUUUGAUGUUAAGUGUUGUCAAUGGAUUAGCUUCUUGUUUCAGAGCGGCAAUAGCAGAAUGUAAAUUCUGACUGCUAAGAUUUAUAUAUAUACUGGUAUCUUGAAGCUUAUUGUAUAUAUGAGUAGUCGCCAUGGGAUGACACAAUGUAAACAAAAAGUAGAAAUAAUAAGGAAAAAUUGUGAGUCCUGUGUUCUCUCCAUUUGAGUAUUUUGUAAUUUUUUUGAAAAAUUUGUGGAAUUAAAAUAAACGACUAAGUUACACCACAA